AAAUUUUAAGACUGUCUUAGAGCUGUCUUAACUUUCUAAGAUUGUCGCUAAGUUCAUUCAAAAUGGCCGCACUUGUUGCAUUUUUGAGGCGAGUUGGAAAUGAUCAGCGUGAUGCCCGUCCACUAAGACGUCUUCCCCGACCAAGAGUAUUUAGGGAUCGCUUAAACCCAUUCGAUAUGCGGACAUACGAGGAGCUCUAUGAAAGGUACCGUUUCCGCCGACCCACCAUUAUUUUUCUCUGUGGUAUAAUAGAAGACAUCGUCAUCCAUCCCACAAGAAGAUCGUUGGCCCUACCUCCAAUGGUACAGCUUUUAGUGUUUUUGAGGUUUGUUGCGACCGGUGCAUUCCAUCAACUUAUUGGAGAUUCAAUACACCUCUCCAAGUUAACGGCUGGGAGAUGCAUUAGAAGGGUUGCGUCAGCGUUAGUUAGCCUCGCUAAUCGUUAUAUUAUAUUCCCAACUGACCAAAACGCGACUAAUACCAAGAGAAAGUUCCACAACAUCGCAGGGUUUCCGGGUGUGUUGGGCUGUGUUGAUGGCACAUUUAUUCGAAUACAGACGCCAGUAGAAAGUGAACCGGACUACGUCAACCGGAAAGGAUAUCAUUCCUUAAAUGUUAUGAUGUCAUGCGACACCAAUUUUGUUAUAACCAACUGUGUGGCGAAAUGGCCAGGGUCUUGCCAUGAUUCCAGAGUCUUUAGAGAAAGUACUCUAUGUCGUCAGUUUGAGAAUGGUCAGCAUGAUGGCUUGCUGCUUGGUGACUCUGGAUACCCAUGCAAAACCUAUCUAAUGACUCCCUACAACAAUACCAAUGAUGUACGACACAAAGAGCGGUUCAACUCAGCACUGUGCCGUACACGAGUUGUAAUUGAGCAAACUUAUGGGAUUUUAAAGAGGAGGUUUCCAUGCCUGGCAGUUGGUCUGCUGACAAAACCGGAUAGAGCCUGUCAAUAUGUGGUGGCAUGUGUGGUUCUACAUAAUAUAGGAAUUUUGAGACAGGACAUUGUGACCAUUUCAGCUGAUGACCUACUCAUAGCUGGACCAGAUGUCCAAGAGAUUGAUCACGCCAACAACAACGGUUUCACAUACAGGGAUAUCAUUGCCAGACAAUGUUUUAAUCAAUGAACAAAUUAUGAUUGUAAUAUAUCAAUCAAGGUCAAAGGUCAAGGUCACCGGAGGUACAUAUGUACUAGUUAGUUGGUCAAAACAUCUUUUUAUCAUUUCCAAAGACUUCCUGUCUCUAUCUA